AUGGUUGAGGUUGUGCAUCGAGACCUGAAGCCGGAGAACAUCCUCCUUACCGACAACUCGGCGGAUUGUAUCCUCAAGGUCUCUCGCCCUCCCUCCGCUCCUUCUGAACUUCAGCAGAUCUCCGACUUUGGACUAGCAAAGGCGCUAGCGAAAGGCAGAGAAUGCAGAACGAAUUGCGGAACUCCAAAGUACAUGGCACCUGAAGUCUUCGCUGUUGGGCGAGGUAGUGCUGAGGGGCUGAAGAAGUACGGGAAGGAGGCUGACUUAUGGGGUCUUGGAGUGAUUCUCUACGUCAUGCUAACGUGCAGCAUGCCGUUUGGAGGAGAAGACGACGAAGAUCUCGAGGAGGAGAUGAUCCAGAUCGCUCACGGCAAGAAGAUGUACGCGGAUCUCUUCAACUGCGACGCGUGGGAGACCAAGUCAAAGGAAGUCAAGAACAUGAUAUCUCAGCUGCUCGAGCCUGACAUGCAGAAGCGUCUCACUGUCGAGGCGGCUCGCAAGCACAGAUGGAUGAGGGAGGAGGAGAAGGGGUAG